AUGUCAACCAGCGCCGCCGGCAGCAGUAUCGCGCCCGGCGCUCAAUUCGAGCACCGUCAAAACUUUUCCUCUUCCGACUUCACCCCAAACCCAUCCGUUUCCCUGCAGCUCUCCCCCACGCGCCAGGGCCUCGUCGACGACAUCCUCGCCCUCUACGACUGCCGCCCAACCAUCGCCCGCAUUGAGCGUUACACGCCCGACGCCGUCUACGACGACCAGUUUGGCUACGCCGACAACCGCUACAAGAUUGCGGCUCAGUGGUUCGGCCUCGCCAAGAUGGUGUCCGUCGGCAAUGGCAGCGGCGCGUACCAGGUGGUGCGCGACGAGCCGGCGUUGAUCCAGCUCAAGAGCUGCCACAAGUGGACGCUGCCGGUCAUGCCCAAGACGGUCACCAUCUGCUCCAUGAUCUCGCUCAGUCUGGAGCCAGAGACGGCCGAGUCAAGCUUUGUUCGGAUCAAGUACCACAAGGACCAGGCGAAUGAACAGGACUUCACGCAUGCUGGGAUAGGGUUUAAUUUGAAACAGUGGCAGGCAGAUCAGCUGCCCAAGUAUCUAAACGAUGACGAGCUCAAGCACUUUGAGGCGGACAAGAGAGUUACACCGCAAAAGCCGAUGCAGCCGUAA